AUGGGAGCCCAGCCCGAGGAAGCUCAGAAGCCUUGCUCGAGCGUCCAGACCCUGUUUAAGAGGGUCAAAGCCUUACUCGCCAAAACCCCACCACCUCCGACCCUGCCCCCGCCCCCCUCCCGGAACCCAGGCUGUACACAUGUGUAUGGGUAUGUGUUUGGGCACGUGCAUGAAAAUGUCCUGGAACAUCUCCCAUCACAGCAGGUGCUGGACACAGGAGAGCAGCUGAUGGUCCCCGUCGAUGUCCUAGAAGUGGAUAACAAGGGGGCCCUGUGGAAGUUUCUGCUCUCAGGAGCCAUGGCUGGGGCGGUGUCCCGCACUGGCACGGCCCCUCUGGACCGAGCCAAGGUGUAUAUGCAGGUCUACUCCUCCAAGACUAACUUCAUGAACCUGCUGGGGGGGCUCCGGAGCAUGGUCCAGGAGGGGGGCUUCCGCUCCCUGUGGCGGGGCAAUGGUAUUAACGUCCUCAAGAUUGCCCCCGAGUACGCCAUCAAGUUCUCCGUCUUUGAACAGUGUAAGAAUUACUUCUGUGGAGUGCAUGGAUCCCCACCCUUUCAGGAACGUCUCCUUGCUGGCUCCCUAGCUGUGGCCACCUCCCAGACGCUUAUCAACCCCAUGGAGGUGCUGAAGACGCGGCUGACCCUGCGCCAGACAGGCCAGUACAAGGGGCUGCUGGACUGUGCGUGGCAGAUCCUGGAGCAGGAGGGCACCCGCGCCCUGUACCGUGGCUACCUGCCCAACAUGCUCGGCAUCAUCCCCUACGCCUGCACGGACCUGGCCGUCUAUGAGAUGCUCAGGUGCUUCUGGUUGAAGUCAGGCAGGGACAUGGAGGAUCCCAGUGGCCUGGUCAGUUUGUCAUCUGUGACGCUGUCCACGACCUGUGGCCAGAUGGCCAGUUACCCGCUGACAUUGGUGCGCACCAGGAUGCAGGCCCAAGACACUGUGGAGGGCUCAAACCCCACCAUGCGCAGAGUCUUCCAGCGGAUCCUGGCCCAGCAGGGUUGGCCGGGGCUGUACAGAGGCAUGACUCCCACCUUACUGAAGGUGUUGCCAGCAGGUGGCAUCAGCUACGUGGUGUAUGAAGCCAUGAAGAAAACCCUGGGUGUAUAGGCAGUGGCCAGUCGACCCACCCUGGGCAGAAUGGACAGGAGGAUCCAGGGUCCCCUGGCCC